GUGAUGGGUUGUGACGUCGGUCCUCUCCCGAAACACAUCAUUUGGCAACCCGUCAUCAUCACAGUUCCUCUCCAGCGAAGCUAAGCUACAACCCCACUGCGUUCCCCAUCUGCUGGAUAGAGCACCUUACGAUCGCCUCGCAAAAAACAGCGCGGGGAAUAUACUAAACGUCUCAGGGGUGUAAAAGCGGAAGGAAGGUGCACUCAGGAUGGUCACCAUUCCAGAGUACUACGAGGGAAAAAAUGUUCUUAUCACAGGGGCCACAGGCUUUAUGGGGAAAGUACUUCUGGAGAAGCUGCUACGCUCAUGUCCCGGUGUCAAAGCUGCCUAUGUGCUUGUCCGGCCCAAAGCAGGACAGGCGCCCAAAGCCCGUAUUGCUGACAUGAUCAACUGCAAGCUUUUCGACAGACUGCGAGAGGAGCAGCCCGAUUUCGCAGAGAAGAUCGUGGCGGUCGACAGCGACCUGACACAGCCAGAUCUGGACCUGAGCACCGAAGACCAGGAGACUCUCACGGGCUGCAUUAACAUAGUGUUUCACUGCGCUGCCACCAUCCGCUUCAACGAGCCUCUGAAAGAUGCCAUGCAGCUGAAUGUGCUGGCCACACAGAAGAUGGUUAACUUGGCUCACAGAAUGAAGCAUUUGGAGGUGUUUAUCCACGUGUCCACAGCCUAUGCCCACUGUGACCGCGAGCUCAUUGAAGAGCUGGUCUAUCCACCACCUGUCGAUUACAGGAAGCUCAUAGACACACUUGAGUGGAUGGACGACAAACUGGUCUCUUUAAUGACGCCAAAGCUGUUAGGUGAGCGGCCGAACACAUACACGUUCACUAAAGCCUUGGCAGAACAGCUCAUCCAGCAGGAGUGUGGGAACCUUAACGUGGCCAUCAUCAGGCCCUCGAUCGUAGGAGCCAGCUGGAAGGAGCCGUUCCCCGGCUGGAUCGAUAAUUUCAACGGGCCGAGUGGGAUAUUCAUCGCUGCAGGAAAGGGGAUUCUACGAACAAUGAGGGCUUCAAAUAACGCUGUCGCUGACCUCGUGCCAGUCGAUGUGGUCAUAAACACCACUUUGGCGGCUGCCUGGUAUUCCGGUUCCCAGAGACAUGCCAGGCCGAGAAGUAUGUUGGUGUACAACUGCACGACGGGCGGGAUCAAUCCUUUUCACUGGGGUGAAGUUGAGUACUGCAUAAACAUGACCUUCAAGACCAACCCCUUAGAACAGGCUUUCAGACGCCCCAAUGUUAACCUGCGAUCCAACCCUUUUACCAAUCAGUACUGGACCACAGUGAGUCACACCCUUCCUGCCCUGCUGUAUGACGGGUUUCUCAUGUUGACGGGUCAGAAGCCCCGGAUGAUGAAGACAAUCAGUCGGUUGCACAAGGCCAUGAUGGUGCUGGAGUACUUCACGAGUCAUUCGUGGGUGUGGAACACAGACAACGUUACCAUGCUCAUGAACCAGAUGGGAUCUGAGGACAAGAAGGCAUUUAACUUUGACGUCAGGCAGUUACACUGGGCAGAAUACAUGGAGAAUUACUGCAUGGGCACUAAAAAGUAUGUUCUCAAUGAAGAGUUGUCAGGACUCCCAGCGGCACGCAAACACUUAAACAAGCUGCGGAACAUUCGCUACACUUUCAACACCAUCUUGGUUGUCUUAAUCUGGCGCAUUUUCAUCGCCCGUUCGCAGAUGGCCAGAAACAUCUGGUACUUCGUCGUCAGCUUGUGCUUCAAGUUCCUCUCCUAUUUCAGAGCCUCCAGCACCAUGAGAUACUGAAUCCACCCCAGCUGUCCUUUCCCACCCCUCUCUCCCGACGGCUAUGCACACAUUUCUGCUUUGUGAUACUCCAGACUCUGAGGGUCAAGCGUAGUAUCCGCUGUCCUCCCUUCCUGCACAAAUGCGCCCUCAACAUCACAGGGUGCCAGUGCACUCAACUGCUAUAUAGAAAGCAUGGUUGUCAGGGCUCGAGGUCUAUGAAGCUCUCUCAACACGAUGAGAGUGCGUUUGAGCACUUACUGUACCUGUGCCACCUCCUGAACGCAAACAGGUUGUGGCCACUCUUGCUUAUUAUGGUAUACAUAGCUGCUUAUUCUUUUUGGCACCCAGUGGUGGAAUGUAACGAAGUAUUUGUACUUCGUUACUGUACUUAAGUAAAUUUUGACGUAUCUAUACUUAAGUAAAAAAAAUAAUGCAUACUUAUACUUUUACUCAAGUAGAUUUUUCAGCAAUUAUCUGUACUUUCUACUCCACUACAUUAUUAAAAUGCGUGUCGUUACAUCCUUCCGAAUCUUGCAUAAAAAAUUUUUUGGUCGACUAACGUUUUGCCGUUGCUGGCCAAUGCACGUUGAAACAGAUUGGAGAUCUGAUUGGCCAAAGAACUCACGCGCGCAGCACGUGUUAUGAAACAACACAAGCGGAACUGAUGUAAAUCGAAGAUAUUAUAAUAUUUGUUUGACGUAAGUUAGUGGUAACUGUUACCCUAACAGGGCAACUUCUUUAGCUGGUUAUUAGCACAGCAGGUACGAUAGCUUGCUAGUACGUUGCAUUUUUGGAGAUGAGCAAACUACUGCUAUAUCUGUACAUUCGUAGUUGGCUAAAAUAGCU